UCCCACUGUUCAAAGGUUGAAAGAACUAGUCAUAGAGAUUAAAAUUGUUUUUGAUAAAUAAUACUGUUGAACAAAAUGACUGAUGUGUAUAUAGUUGCAGCCUGCCGAACUCCCAUAGGAAGCUUCAAUGGCCAGUUUGAGAAGCAUUCUGCAGUUGAAUUAGGAACCGUUGCGAUUGCAGAAGCUGUGAAACGAGCAAAUCUACAGCCACAAGAUGUAGACCAAGUUAUUAUGGGACAGGUUUUAACUGCCGGUCAAGGUCAGAAUCCUGCAAGACAAGCUGCAUUGGGCGCUAAAAUUCCUAUCUGCAGCUCCGCAUAUACGUUGAAUUUGCUUUGUGGAUCAGGACUUAAGACCGUCGCAAUUGGAUAUCAAGGAAUUAAAAAUGGAGACUACGAAAUAAUUGUAGCAGGAGGACAAGAAAAUAUGACCAGAGCUGAACACUCAGCUUAUCUUCGAAAUGCCAAGUUGGGAAAUUUCAAUUUGGCUGAUACGUUAUUUAGGGAUGGACUACAUGAUGCUUUUACUAAAGAUGCUCAUAUGGGAGUCACUGCUGAAAACGUAGUCCAAAAAUAUAAUAUUUCCCGGGAAGCUCAAGACGCCUUUGCAUGCGAAUCUCAGAAUAGAACCGAAAAGGCCGUAAAUCAAGGUGCUUUCGAAAAGGAAAUAGUUGGAGUACCCGAUAAAAAAACUGGUAACCUGAUCACGAAAGAUGAAUUUCCUAAAUUCGGUACGACGGUAGAAAAGUUGGCGGAAUAUAAGGCUCGUUUUGUACCUAAUGGAUCUGUUACAGCUGGAAAUGCGUCAGGAAUCAGCGACGGAGCUGCUGCAGUGGUAUUAGUCAGCGAAAAACAGUUGAAACAAAGACAAUUAAAACCUUUAGCGCGAAUUGUGGGAUACGCAGAGGCAGGAUGUGAGCCUAUGAUCAUGGGUAUGGGUCCAGUAGGAGCUGUUAACAAUCUUCUGAAAAAGAUCGGUUGGUCCAAAGACGAAGUCGACCUAUACGAACUGAAUGAAGCAUAUGCUGGAGUAAGUAUCGCGGUUAACAACGAACUAGGCGUAGACCCCUCAAAAGUCAACGUAGCCGGUGGCUCCCUCUCCUUGGGUCAUCCGUUAGGUUGUUCCGGAACCAGAGUUCUCGUCACUCUCAUCUACAAUCUGCAGAGAUUGAACAUGAAGAAAGGUGUCGCUUCGUUGUGCAUUGGAGGUGGAAUGGGUAUUGCUUUGGCUGUUGAAGUUUUAAACUGAAGAAGAACUAUUUAGGGACGCGUACUGUGACGCGUAUUUAUAUACUUUAAUGAAAUGUUUUUUGUUAAGAUAAAUAUAUUUUUUUAAUGUUAA